AUGGACUGAUUACCGGGAAAGGGAGUUAUCAGUUCAAAGGGAGCUCUGUGUAAAUAAACAAAAGCUCAUGUCUGUGUUUGGUUCCUUGCCUAUUUUCUCUCACUUUCACGGAAAAAAGAGCUUUGUUAAUAAUUUUUCUUCUUCCUCAAGUGAGUCGAACAGAUCUCCUGCAUUGACUCAAUCUUCAGUUUCUUUCUAGCAGGAUGGUUUCAUAAAAUGGGGGUAGGAGAUGAGGAUUUAGCCGGGAAAUCACAAACCACCUCAAAACUGUAGGAAGAUUAAAACUUGCUUGAGCAACUGGAAGAGGGAUGGAGACAAGGACAUAAGAGGGAGAGAAAAGCUGAAAAUUUAUAACCAUUUUCUCAAGCUUGAGCAAUGGAUACAGGCAAAGAGAACCAAAAAGAGUUGCAGGUGGAGGAUUCGUGGAUUCCAAAAACUCCUUUGAAGCCCAAUCUACCAACACCACAGGUGAUCUACACAACCACAGAAAACGAGUUGGGAUUAAAAGGAUUGUCACCUGGUUUUUCUCAAGAGAGUAGAGAUGGAAGGUUGAGCGCAUGUUUAGAUUCCGCCGCCAAUGGCAACUGGAAAGCAGCUUUAGAAGCUCAAAAGGGCAUUACAGUUGACAGUGCUGAAACAUGCAGAGGAUUUCCCAUCAACAGUACAGCCAGAUGCAACUUUACAUCUCUUUUGGCUCUUCAAGAUCGAGCCUCAGCAACCACUACGAGUGCAUUCAGAUCAAAUCUCCCUUUUAUUAAUGGCAAUUACUCGCAGGAAUCCCAGUGUAAGCUCAAUCCAUUUUAUCUCUCUGGCAGUACACAAACGCCGCCUCAUGGACCUGCUUACGACCUUAACUCACCAGCAGACGGCAAGGCGACGUCUUGUAUAUUUCACUUAACACCAGAGAAGGACUCAACACUGGGAUGCAGACAAGUCACUCAAGUGCACUAUAACUACAGAGAUCAAAGAGAGAAUCAGCAAAGAAAUGUGCUGCAGAAUGAAACUUCUAUAACAGCAGUUGACACCAACAGCCUCCAAACUGGCAGAGAACUCCAAAAGCUGGCAAAAGAUUCAUUGUCUACUGCUGUUUGUACAAUAACCAAGGAGAAUCACAAUCCUGAAACACCACAGCAGAAACCAAGGAGGAAAAAGCACAGGCCAAAAGUAGUCACAGAAGGCAGGCCUAGGAGUAGAAAACCAGUUACUGCAAAGCCUGCUUCUUCCACUGAAACGCCAACCUUAAAGAGGAAGUAUGUGCGAAAGAAACCACUUGACAACACCCCAAAUCUGCCCCUGGCAGAAUCUAAAAUAAACCCAACAGGUAAAAGGCGUUAUGUGCGAAAGAAACCACUCAAUAAAGCCUCAGCAACUCCCCCAGUAGAAGCAGCCGGAGAAUCUAUUAAUCCAAAGGCACUAGAUCCUGCCAAUAAGUCAUGCAGAAGGUCGUUAAAUUUUGACACUCAAGCAAAACUGGGAGAUGACGACUCCAAAUGUAAGCCAAAUGCUAACAAAGAUUCUCAGCCACAAGCACAACUAAGAAAUCAAUCAAAAUCAACCGUGGAUAUUGGGCAAGGAAUUGAAGUAAUCGUAAAAACUACACAAGCAUGCAUUGCAUGUGAUCUUGCAGAUUCUGUGAACCAAAUGCUUAAAGAGUAUAUCUCAUUGCCUGAAAAACAAGCACCAAGUGCAGCUUAUGAGCUCAUUGAAGGAGAAAAUCACACAGUACUUCCUCUUCCUGCAAAGACUCAUCCUCCAGGGGAAGAACAGAAUGACAACUCACAGGAGAGCCACGCCAAAGAGGAAAACCAAGUGACUGGUACUGUACAGCAGAAAACCACACAGAUCAUGUUGCCAGCUGACACUGAACGGCCAUCAGUAGAUCCAGAUGGCUCCACCUGCAGAACCUGCACAAUUUUGCCAGAUGAAGGAAAAGAAAAUGGAUCAAAAAGGAAGCUUUUCAGUUCCAUUCAACAGCCAGAUUCCUGCAGCACAAAUCUAUCUGGGAUUCAGUACAAUUCUUUACCUACGUACCAGAGAACACUUUCAAGCAUUUUAAAGAAAAAGACUGAAAAGGGACAAAAUUCAGCUGCAUCCGGCAAAUCCUGUAUGACUUUUGCAAAAGACAUAGGAAGAACAGUAAUGACAUGCCCACCAAAGGAUGCCAGAGUAGAUCCUUCUAUCUCAACAUCCAAUUAUUUGAUUUCUGCCCCAUGCACUGCUAAUGCAGAUGCACAUGGAGAAACAGGCAGCCUUCAGUCUGAAAAGCAAAAUUCUGGCCCCAAUGCCAACCAAAAGAAGAGGUCAACAAAAAAGAGACCCCGAGGUCCUACUCAAAUUCAAGAUUUGGCUCAAGUAACCAAAAUGAGGGGCCUGAUGCGUCAAACUUACACAGUUGGACUCAUACCAGCAGAUUAUAAUGUACAGCAAGUUGAGGACUCAAAUAGACCUCAUGAAUGUAUAGAGGCUUUAGCAGAAGAAAUGUGUGGAACACUGACAACAAAGAGAAGUAAGAAGAACGUCUCUCUAAUUAAUUCCACAUCCUCCCCCACAAAUUGGGAGCAAUCACAUGGGAAAAUCAUCUUAUGCAAUCAGAGCCAAUUCUUAGCCCAGUCACUAGGUACUCCUCCAGAAGUAAUAUGGGGCAUAUCUCACGUUGAUGCUAUAGUUGAGCAAUUACAGCAUCUAAACAUUAAUAGGGAAAAUGGUGGCAUAGCAUAUAAAGAACAGAGUGCUCUUGUUCCUUACUAUAUUGGAAAUGAACAGAAUGCACUUGUUCUUUAUAGAAGAGAUGGCACUAUUAUACCCUUUGCUGACUCAUUUGUACCCAUCAAGAAACGACGUCCACGACCUAAAGUUCACCUCGAUGAAGAAACUAACAAAGUAUGGAAACUUCUAAUGGGAAACAUCAAUGGUGAAGGCAUUGAUGGAACUGAUGAAGAGAAGGAGAAGUGGUGGGAAGAAGAACGAAAAGUUUUCCAUGGGCGUGCGAACUCAUUUAUAGCACGAAUGCAUCUUGUACAAGGGGAUAGGCGCUUCUCUCAAUGGAAGGGAUCAGUUGUUGACUCGGUGAUUGGAGUAUUUCUUACCCAAAAUGUCUCUGACCAUCUUUCUAGUUCUGCAUUCAUGUCACUUGCUGCACGUUUUCCUUUGAAGUCGGCUAACAAUCAAUGCUUUGAAGAAAGAACAAGCUCAGUAAUUGAGAAACCAAUAGCAUGCAUGCCAGAUCUAGAAGAAGCCAUAAAAUGGAAUGGGACACCAAAUCAAUCAAUUUGUGACCAAAGUUCCAUGACCCUCCAUGAGUCUGAGCUUGAUGAGGAACAAGAGGUAGUGAAUAGCAAUGCAUCCUCUACAAGCAGUAUUGGGAUUAUUAGCUCUAUAAGUGGCUUAGAGACAUACUAUGAAUCAAAGGUAAACAGAUUAACAACAGAUACCACCAAGACAGCAAAUAAUGGUUAUACAAGGGAAAAGAGAAGCGAGAUAAAUGAUGCAUUUUCAUCUCAAAAUUCUGUUAUUUCAUCUCAAAACUCUGUGGAUUCACCAACUGCUCAAGCUGCUGAAAGAAAAGAAUCAUUCUCAGGGAACUCAGAAGCAGAAGAUUUAAUUGAUAGAUCUAAAUUCAAUAGUUGGAACAGCUCUAGUUCUUUUAUGGAGCUUUUAAUAAAGGCUGGAUCUAACAAGCUACAUGAAGUCCAGAGCCAUGGAUAUGACAGAGUCUUUCCUGAUCAGAACUCAAAAGAUGAGUGUAACAAAACCCAAAAUGCAGGAAAUGACUUCCACAUGCAUAAGAAAUACAAUGUAGAUUGUCCUAGAAGCACCUUAGAAGCAUCUGCAAUUCCAUCCAAUAACUGUCAAUCGCAUCUUAUUUCCAACUUAGGAGGCGUGGGAUUUGAGUACUAUGAGAUGUUUACCGAGGAAACAAGAUGUUAUGAAAUAUCAAAGAACCACAGAAGAAACUCUGUGAAAGAACCAAGUUUAUUUACAUCAGAAUGUACCAGUCAAACUACAGAUGAAAAUAAUAUGACCAUUGCUGCUCAAGAAGCAUCCAUAUCUCCAACUCCAAAUAAUCCAUCAUGCAGCAAGUUUCAAGGCAAGCACACAACCACACAAACUCAAGGAAAGCUUGUUGAAGACCUUCCCAUUUUCAGCAAAUCAUUGGAUCAGAUGCAAAACAAUGAAAUGCAGGAAAAUCUGUACGUGUCACUGUCAAACCCAGGAGAAAGCUUAGAUAUUGUGGAAAGUAGCAGCGGACUUAAUCCACAACAAAAGAAUUCACCAAAAACAACAGAACUAGACUUGAUUGAACGUGGCCUUGCAGAAAUUAAGGAGACUAAAGAAAUGAAUGCUGCCACCAGAAAAGCAAAAAGCAGAAGGGUUGGAAAGGAGAUAAGAGAACAUGUUGACUGGGAUGAGUUAAGAAAACAGGCAGAAGCAAAUGAGAAGAAAAGACAAAGAACACAGAACACAAUGGACUCAUUGGACUGGGAAGCUGUAAGAUGUGCAGAUGUUAAUGAGAUUGCCAAUGCAAUCAAGGAGCGUGGGAUGAACAAUGUGCUUGCAGAACGUAUAAAGAAUUUUCUUAAUCGACUGGUUAGAGAACACGGAAGCAUUGAUCUGGAAUGGCUGAGAGAUGUUCCACCAGACAAAGCGAAAGAGUAUCUACUAAGCAUAAGGGGACUGGGACUGAAAAGUGUGGAGUGUGUACGGCUUCUCACACUUCACCAUCUUGCUUUUCCAGUUGACACAAAUGUUGGACGUAUAGCUGUACGAUUGGGCUGGGUCCCUCUUCAGCCACUGCCCGAAUCACUUCAAUUACACCUUCUAGAGCUGUACCCUGUGCUGGAAUCAAUUCAAAAACAUCUUUGGCCCCGACUGUGCAAGCUUGACCAGAGAACACUGUAUGAACUGCAUUACCAGAUGAUCACUUUUGGAAAGGUAUUCUGUACCAAAAGCAAGCCCAAUUGCAAUGCCUGUCCAAUGCGAGGAGAAUGCAGACACUUCGCUAGUGCAUUUGCCAGUGCAAGACUCGCCUUACCUGGGCCAGAAGAAAAAGGUAUAGUGAGUGCAACUGAAAACAGGACAGUUAAGCAAAACCCUACUGUGAUGAGUGAUCAACUGCCACUGCCGCUACCCCAGGCCACUGAACCAUCAGAAGGAAAUCAGCAGUCAGAAUCCAACAGAUAUCUUGCAGUCAUUAAUUGUGAACCUAUUGUUGAAGAGCCAUCAUCACCAGAACCAGAAUGCCCUCAAGUCACAGAAGCUGAUAUGGAAGAUACCUUCUGUGAGGAUCCUGAUGAAAUUCCGACAAUCAAACUGAAUAUUGAAGAGUUCACUCAAAAUUUGCAGAACUACAUGCAAGAAAAUAUGGAACUUCAAGAAGGUGAUAUGUCAAAAGCGUUGGUUGCUCUGACAUCGGAAGCAGCUUCCAUUCCCACACCCAAGCUCAAGCAUGUAAGUCGGCUGCGAACAGAGCACCAAGUUUACGAACUUCCAGACAGCCACCCUCUUCUGCAAGGGUUGGAUAGACGAGAACCUGAUGAUCCAUGCUCUUACCUUCUUGCUAUAUGGACACCGGGUGAAACGGCAAAUUCCAUUCAGCCACCUGAAAGUAGAUGCAACUCGCAAGAAUAUGGCAAAUUGUGUGAUGAGAAGACAUGUUUCUCUUGCAACUGUAAACGUGAAGCAAAUUCACAAAUUGUUCGAGGGACACUUUUGAUACCAUGUCGAACGGCAAUGAGAGGGAGCUUUCCCCUGAAUGGCACAUAUUUUCAAGUUAAUGAGGUUUUUGCGGACCAUGACUCUAGUUUGAACCCAAUUGACGUUCCUAGAACCUGGAUAUGGAACCUACCAAGACGAACGGUUUACUUUGGGACAUCAAUACCAACAAUAUUUAAAGGUUUGACAACAGAAGGUAUUCAACACUGUUUUUGGAGAGGAUAUGUUUGCGUGAGAGGAUUUGACCAGAAGACACGGGCACCUCGUCCUUUGAUAGCCAGGCUGCAUUUCCCCGCCAGCAAGUUAAACAAGGCAAAAGGCAAGAAUUCUAAUGAUUCGCAAAUGGUGCCUUAAAAUAACCACCACCGUUCCCAGAAAGCACAGAUGACUAUAUGAGAGUGCUCAGGCGACAAUAACCAACAGCCUCACUUCGAUGAAUGUAACCUGUUUUUCAUCAACAACCAAAAAAAGGCAAAAUUCGAGUUGAGUUGUAUAAUCCCAUAACUGAAGAGAAUGUAGCAUGUACAUGGUUUAACAAGACUAAUUUCGUUAAUUUUAUGCUCGAAUUUGAGCCAUUGUUCUGAAA